AAUUUCAAAAAUGAUAAACUGAAAUGUGUUAAAAUAACUGGCGGUGGCACAUUGUGUAUUUGUGUUAAUUCCGGUCCAAACUCUAAUGUGGUGUUAAAAUUCAAAAGCAUAAUACUCAUUGUGAGAAAAGGUUUCAAAUCCAAUAUCACAACCAAGGCGUUAACGGUUAACCCAUGGAUGUAUGUGCGAUUGUGCGAAGGCAUAAUACUCAUUUAUGUAUGUGCAAGUGCAGUUGAACAUUAUGUUAUGGGUUACCACUUUUUUGCAUUUUUAAGAGUAAAGGAUCAAAUUGAUAUGGAAGUUGCAUAAAAAAGUCAAAUAAGUCCUUAUAUAGGAGGCUCUGUCCGACCGUCGCUAUUUGGGACAGUUUUGAGCAUCUUAUUCAUUAAGUCUAAUUUAC